GUGCAGGGGGCAGUGUGUGUGUGUCUGUCAGUCAGUGUGCAGGGGGCAGUGUGUGUGUCUCUGUCAGUCAGUGUGCAGGGGGGAGGGCAGUGGGAGGAACUACAAGUCCCGGCAUCCUCCGCGGCUGCGCUGUGCCCGGGCAGUGGAGCAGGGAUGAGAGGCGGCUGCUGCUGCUGCUGCUGCCGGAGAUCGCACGAUGGAUACGGGUAGCAGCAAGCUGCUGAGGGGGCCACCCAGCAUCGACUACGGCUCCCUCCCCGUCUGGACACCCCCGCCCUGUAUGGAGUUCUGCGGGUACCGGAGAGUAAUAUGGCAGACGGUUAUCUGUUACGUCUUCUGCGCCCUCACCCUCGGCCUGCUGCUCAUCAUCUUCCACUGGAAGCCGCGGCUGUACCUGCUCGCCACGCACCGGCGCUGCCCCCUGGCUGUAGCGGAUAGGCUCGUCAUUAAGGACACGUUCGGACAGACGAGUAUUGUGGAGGUGCAGGUAGAACAUGGCGUGGAUCCCAGCCUGCAGAUCGAGGCCUCUGAGCGCCAGGGCACAGUGGUGGGUGGCAGCGUGGCUCUGGGUGUGGGGGAAGAGGAAGAGUUCAAAGACACCAUCCGGCUGCACUACAAGGAAGAGAAAAACGUACUGCGAUACUUUGUGUUUGAAGGGAUGCGCUACAUAUGGAGCGAUCGCUCAGCGGACUUCAUCAAGGUCAGUUCCCUGGCUGACGGAUUAGUCUGUGGUGAGAUUCAGAAAUACAAGUCCGGGCUGAGUCAGACAGACCACGAUAACAGGAAGUUAAUUUAUGGUCCGAAUGAGAUUGACGUCCCAGUGAAAUCCUACGGGCAGCUUCUAAUCGAGGAGGUCCUGAACCCGUUCUACAUGUUCCAGGUGUUCAGCGUCAUCCUGUGGCUGUGCGAUAAUUAUUACUACUAUGCGGUUUGCAUCAUUGUGAUCUCCAUUAUCUCUAUCGCCGUCUCGCUGUAUGAAACCAGGAAGCAAAGCGUGACCCUCCGCAACAUGGUGAAGAUGGUGGUGAGCCUCCGAGUGCGACGGGCUGGGGGAGAGGAGCUGAUAGUCAGUUCCCUGGACCUGGUCCCCGGUGAUUGCAUCCUCCUGCCACCAGAGGGCGUGUAUAUGCCGUGUGACGCCGCCCUGCUGUCCGGAGAGUGUAUAGUGAACGAGAGCAUGCUGACAGGGGAGAGUGUGCCUGAAAUGAAGACCCCAUUACCAGAUGGCCCCCAAGCAGCCGGCACGGUCUACUCCUCAGACACACAUCAGCGCCACACUCUGUUCUGUGGAACCCAAGUUAUCCAAGCGAAAAGCUACCUGGAGGAUGAGGUCAUUGCGGUAGUAGUGAGGACAGGUUUCUGCACAGCCAAAGGGAAUCUGAUCAGCUCAAUCCUGCACCCCAAACCAAUCCAGUUCAAGUUUUACCGCGAUGCCCUCAUGUUCGUGCUCGUCCUGGCUGUGUUCGCCAUCAUGGGGACCAUCUAUAGCAUUGUCAUUCAUAUCCUGCAUAGGGUUACUGUGUCUAGGAUCGUUAUUUUAGCCCUCGAUAUUAUAACGAUUAUUGUACCACCGGCUCUUCCGGCUGCCAUGACGGUUGGAACCAUCUACGCUCAAAACCGGCUGAAGAAACAUGGAAUCUUCUGCAUCAGUCCCCCGCGUAUAAACGUUAGCGGCAAGAUAAAGAUGGUCUGCUUCGAUAAGACAGGUACCCUAACGGAAGAAGGGCUGGAUGUGUGGGGGGUUGUGCCUUUGGAGAGCGCCAGCUUCCUUCCAAUCACCCAUGAUCCUCGUUCUCUGCCAGAUGGACACUUGCUUAACACACUCGCCGCCUGCCACUCCGUCACUCUGCUGAAUGGACAAUACAUCGGGGACCUCAUGGAUCUGAAGAUGGUGGAGUCUACAGGUUGGGUGCUGGAAGACGGAGAUGUGGAUCCGCAGGUGAGAGAAAGUUUUGGGACCAAAGUUUUGUUGGUGCUGAAGCCACCCAGUCUGGACGAGCAACCCUAUGGGCCGAAACAUAAGGUGAAUGUGGGGGUCCUGCAGAGGUUCCCCUUUUCCUCCAACCUACAGAGGAUGAGUGUCAUAGCCAAACUCCCUGGAGACUGCCCCUCGGAAAUCUACAUGAAGGGGGCUCCGGAGAUGGUCGCCAGUCUGUGCAAGACCGAGACGGUACCGCCUGACUUCUCCGCGAUGCUGCGUCAAUACACACAGGACGGGUUCCGGGUGCUGGGAUUUGCACAUAAAACGCUCCAUACGACCAAAACCUUUGAAGAGGCUCAGUCCAUCACCAGAGAGUCGGCGGAACGUGACCUGACUUUCCUAGGGUUCCUGGUGAUGAAGAACGUCCUGAAGCCAGAGACCGCGCCGGUCGUCUAUGCACUGAGAAAAGCCAACAUCCGGACAGUCAUGGUGACCGGAGAUAACAUGCUGACCGCGGUGAAUGUCGCCAAGAGCUGUCACCUGGUGGAACCCACGGAAAAACUUUACUUUGUGAACGUGUCUCCCCCCAACCACAAUAGCUCGGCCACCCUGAAAUUCAUCCCGUCCGAGCCGAUGGCAGGAGAUCAGAUCACAGAGUUACAGGGCCUGUACCAGCAGGGAGGAGCGUUCCUGGAUAGGGGUCCGUACUGUUUUGCAAUGAAUGGGAAAUCUUUUGCAGUGCUGUCUGAUUACUUCCCCGACCUGCUGCCCAAGAUUCUUAUCCACGCCACCGUAUUCGCCCGUAUGUCACCGGACCAGAAAACUCAGCUGGUGCGCUAUUUUCAGGAUCUGAAUUACUGUGUGGGGAUGUGCGGGGACGGAGCCAAUGACUGUGGAGCGUUAAAAGCCGCUGAUGUGGGGAUUUCUCUGUCCGACGCCGAAGCCUCAGUCGCCUCUCCGUUCACCUCCAAGCUGAGCAACAUCGAGUGUGUCCCCAUCGUCAUACGGGAAGGUCGCUGCUCUUUGGAGACUUCGUUUGAGGUGUUUAAGUACAUGGCGAUGUACAGCUUGACGCAGUUUAUAUCCGUGCUCAUCCUGUACACGGUGGGCACCAACCUGGGAGAUCUUCAGUUCCUCUUAUUUGACCUGGUAAUUACCACCACCGUGGCCAUUUUAAUGGGGAGAACCGGCCCAGCAAGCGAGCUGGGGUUAAGAAGCCCACUUGGUACAUUGAUCAGUAUGUCGGUUUUGGGGAGCCUUAUAAUCCAGACCAGCCUCAUCCUCCUGGUUCAGCUGAUGUCCUACUACCUCAUUACCUCGCAGCCGUGGUUUGUCCCGGUGAAUAUGACCAGCCCGGUGGUGACUCACUUGCCAAACUACGAGAACACGGCUUUGUUCGGUGUGUCCGGUCUCCAGUAUCUGAUCCUCGCGGUCGUCCUGUCUAAGGGAUAUCCCUUCCGGAAGCCGCUCUACACCAACAUUCUCUACAUGAUCGCCCUGAUCUUGCUGCUCGCCAUGAUGCUGUGGAUCAUCUUCUACCCGCUGGCGUUCAUGGUGACCCUCCUGGACCUGAAGCUCAUCAGCGACUUAGACUUCAAGUUUGUGUUGGUUGGAAUUGUCGCCGUGAACUUCAUAGCCGCCAUUAUCAUUGAGACCGCCCUGGACCACGGGUACUUAAACUGCCUGCGGAAGCUGAGGAAGAAGAGAGAAUCCAAGAAAGCGUACAAGAGACUGGAACGAUACCUCCAGGGGCAGAACUCGUGGCCCCCCAUAAAUCAGACUCUGUACCCCAGCCGGGUCAAGCCGUCCAGGUAGCAGGACACGCGAGCCCUUUCCGCCUAUGGGACUUGCUAUUGGGAUGUUACAGAAAACAUGGAAAAUGUUGCGUUUUAAACUGUUUUUGACCCCCAGGAAGAUAAAUAAAUGACACGGAAUACAAAGCCCUGAGAUAAACAUU